AUGUUCUCUGGUCCGGCGGCGGACGUGCGCUCGCGUUUGUGUCCCUACUUAGACACCAUCAACAGAGGUGUCCUCGACUUCGACUUCGAGAAACUCUGUUCCGUCUCUUUGUCUCAAAUCAAUUGUUACGCGUGUCUCGUCUGCGGGAAGUACUUCCAGGGUCGUGGUAUCGGAACUCACGCUUACAUGCAUUCGGUGUCUGUCGGACACCACGUGUUUCUCAACUUGGAUUCGUUGCGCUUCUAUUGUCUGCCCGAUAACUACCAGAUAAUGGACUCAUCGCUGGACGACAUCACUUACGUAUUGAACCCCACGUUUACCACUCAAGACAUCGCCGCUCUGGACACCGGCGCCCACCGGCCGUCCAUCGCGUUCGACGGGACGGCAUAUUUGGCCGGAAUCGUUGGCCUCAAUAACAUUAAGUUCAACGACUACUGCAAUGUUGUGUUGCAGAGUCUGUCACACGUGCCGCCACUCAGGAACUACUUUCUCCGCGAAGACAACUACCGACACCACAUUCGGCGCCGUAAGUCCGGCUCCGACUACUCGGCACUACUCGUACAGCGUUUCGGACAAUUAUUGCGUAAGUUGUGGAACGGAUCCAACUUUAAGGCUCACGUGUCGCCCCACGAGAUGUUGCAAUCGGUGGUACUGUCGUCCCACAAGAAGUUCCAGAUCAUUGAACAGGGAGAUCCGAUAGCGUUCUUGUCGUGGAUUUUAAAUACACUUCAUUUGGCGUUAAAAGAGGGGAAGAGUAAGAAACGAGUGGCCACUGGCGGAGUGGCGGGAAUGGGCGCCACCGAUAAGACUGCGGUCGCGGCCGACAAACAAUCGUCUAUAAUAUACGACACAUUCAGAGGCAAAAUGAAGACAUAUUCGCGUAAAAUGAUUCCAAUGGACAAAACUAUUGAUGAAAGACUACAACUGAUGCUCAGCGAGGAGUAUAAGGAGACGUGCGAAGAGAAUCCUUUCCUAUAUCUAACCCUCGAUCUCCCGCCGCAGCCGUUAUUUCGCGACGAACUCACCGACAAUAUUAUACCACAGGUACCGUUGUUUACAAUUCUGGCCAAAUUCAACGGCCAGACAGAGCGCGAGUACCGGACAUACAAGGACUCGGCGAUGAGACGGUUCGAACUGACCGUUUUGCCCAAGUAUUUGAUUUUAUACAUCAAACGCUUCACUCGUAACACAUUCUUCGUGGAGAAGAACCCGACGAUUGUAAACUUCCCGCUUAAGAAUGUGGAUUUGGCCGAAUUGCUCGCACCUGACGCUCGACAGACCAAUAAAUGCGUUUACGACUUGAUCGCCAAUGUUGUCCACGAGGGCGAUCCCGAGGCCGGCAAAGGCACCUACAGGUGCCAUGUGUUGCAUCGGGGCACCGGCAAAUGGUUUGAGUUGCAGGACCUGCACGUGUCUGAGAUAUUGCCCCAAAUGAUCACUUUAUCGGAAUCUUAUAUUCAGAUUUGGGAACAAAAGGAAUCCAUCGAUUGAAUGGUAGCUCUUCUUCUCAGUGUCUCGUGUUUUCAUUUAUCAUAUUUUUUUUUGUAUUUUUAUUGAACAAUAAAUGUAAUUUUCAAUCAAGGACCAAA